AUGGAUUCUCAUGAUUGCCCUCUCUUGCCCGUGGGAGUGAGAUUCAAGCCUACUGAUCCGCAACUUCUUCAAUAUCUACACUGGAAAAUUCAUGGCCAACCAUAUUUCAAACGUGCAGUCUUGGACUGUGAUCUUUAUGGAGAAAUGGAGCCAUGGGAAAUCUGGCUACGGUUCGGAGGCAUCGACGGCGAACAUCUCUAUUUCUUCACCAAACUCAAGAGGUCCACCAAUAACUCUGGACGUUUGUCGGCGCAUAUCAACCGCAAGGUUGGCUUGGCCAACGGUACAUGGAGUGGCGAGAACUCAGCCAGUCCAAUUUUUGCUACCAAAACCGAUAAUACAAUAAUCGGCUAUUGCAAACGCUUUAGGUACGAAAAUGUCCAAUUGCCCGAGCGUCAUGGCGAAUGGAUUAUGCAUGAAUAUAGCUUGCAUCAAGAUUCGAUACAACAAGCUGUAGAUUUAGAUUAUGUUUUAUGCCGAUUCAAAAAGAAUGAAAGACUUAAAAGAAAAUUACAAAAAGAUCUCGAGGAGCAGCAACAUAGCAAGAGAAGAAUGACCACCUGA